AUGGAAAGCAAUUUCCUUUAUGGAAGCAUACCUUCUUCCAUCGGCAAGCUACGAAACCUCUAUAUCCUAAAUCUGUCAAAGAACAAAUUAUCAGGUCAGAUUCCUCCCUCAAUUGGUGAUGUUACUCAACUUGCUCUACUUUACCUUGAUGGUAACAACUUGGGUGGAAAUAUACCUGGUAGUUUAGCUCAGUGCAUGGGGCUUUUUGAACUAAACUUAUCUCAAAACAAUCUUGAUGGCUCGAUACCAGUCAGACUUUUUGCUGACCUUCUAUUCGCCUGGAGUCUGGACUUCUCACACAACAAUCUCACAGGGGAACUACCACCGGUACUUGGUACAUAUGGCAUUGGUAGUGGUCUAGUUUCCCUUCACAUGGAAGGAAACAGGUUUCAUGGACAAAUUCCAGAAAGAUGGCAUCUAUUAGUAUCAACCCGGCAGAUUAAUCUUUCUCACAAUGACUUAUCCGGUGUCGUGCCCAAAUUCUUUGAGCAACUUGAUAAGCUGGAGCAACUUGAUCUCUCUUACAACAACUUGGAAGGGGCUGUUCCUGCAAGUGGUAUCUUCACACAUUCUGCUGCAGUAGUUUUGGAUGGCAACAAGGGACUCUGCUCAAAUUCCCCCAGGCUAGCGUUACCAAUUUGUCCUGGCAUCUCAGGUUCAGCAACUAAAGUGAAGCAUCAUCUGUCGUUGCUGGUGACCUCGCUGCUAAUUGUACUACCACCACUUACUAUUGGUUCCCUAGUCUUGAUAUGGUUUAUGCUCACUAUUUGGAAGAAAGGGUCGUUUCCAUUUUCACGAUGGGAUCUUGUGUCCAAGAUGUUUCCUAAUAGAAGAGAAGUGCAUACAGCCCCGUGCCAUGACGAGAAGAAGCUGAAGAGAGUGUCAUACGAGGACAUUGUUAAAGCUACCAACUGGUUUUCUUUGGUCCAUACUAUCAGCUCAACUUGUACUGGUUCAGUUUAUGUUGGUAGGUUCAAGUCCGACAAGAGCCUAGUUGCCAUCAAAGUAUUCAAGUUGAAUGAACCUGGUGGAUACGAUAGUUACCUUAUUGAGUGUGAAGUGCUCCGAAGCACCCGCCAUAGAAAUAUAAUGCGACCUGUGACCCUAUGCUCAACAUUGGAUUCACAAAACCAUGAGUUCAAAGCACUAAUCUUCGAGUUCAUGGUUAAUGGAAGCCUGGAGGCAUGGUUGCAUUCUGAGCAGCACAAUGGAAUUCCAGACAAAGUGCUAGGCUUUGGCCAGAGGAUAUGCAUAGCAGCAGAUGUGGCUUCUGCUCUUGAUUAUGCCCACAAUGAACUGACGCCUCCUUUGAUCCAUUGUGAUUUGAAGCCAAACAAUGUCCUUUUGGAUGAUGACAUGACUGCACGGCUCAGUGACUUUGGCUCAGCAAAGUUUCUAUCACCAGGUCUGGUAAUUCCUAAAAGCCUGGAUGAUGUUGGAGGGACAAUUGGAUACGUGGCACCAGAGUACGGAAUGGGUUGCGAGAUCUCCGUAGCCGGCGAUUUAUAUAGUUUCGGAGUGCUUCUACUGGAAUUGCUUACUGGAAAACGACCUACUGAUGAUAUGUUUGUGGAUGGACUUAGCCUUUGUAAGUUCUCUGAAUCCAUGUUCCCAGACAGAGUUGCAGAGAUUCUUGAUCCUCAUAUGGCGCAUGAGGAGCAUCAAGGGUGCACAGAAGCAUGGAUGGAGAGAUAUAUUGUCCCCUUGGUUGCCCUUGGGCUGUCAUGUACCAUGGAAUCAACGAAGGAUAGGCCCGGAAUGAAAGACGUUUGUGCAAAACUUUCUGAUAUUAGAGCCUCUUUUCUGGAACUGUCAUGAUGAUUAACGAAUAUAUCAAUUCUGUUAGAGCAUACUGAUUCAUUAUAUUAAGAAUGUGUCUUUUUAACUAGUACAGUGCAUAUUGUACCCAAUCUAUUUGACAAACUGAAACAAACAGUGGGGACAGAGAUGUGAUUUGCAGUUAGUCAUAGUUGGAUAUUAGAAAUAACAACAACUCUUUGUUCUAGAGUUGAUUUUUUUUAUAUUGACGUGUAUGUAUUGUCAAAUUAUUGCACUAAUUUAUUUGCAAAGGGUGCUGUAUGUAAAGGUGUUUUCCGAUGAAAUAAUAUGUUUACUUUACA